CCGGUUUGGCAUAGUAGCUUCGAAACACUGCAGAGGUACACAUCAAAAAACGGCAAAGUAGAAACUGAGUAUAUAUUUAAAGAAGCGAGUCAAAUAGAUACUUAUUUGUAGAAAGUGUGAAGAACGUGAGUUUCAUUCAAAGCAAAGCAAGCAGUAAAAUUAACAACAACAAAAUUGUUUCAAGAAGAAUUCUAUCUAUGCGAAUAAGUUACGUUCUAGUACUUAUUUUUUUUACAAAGAGAAUAAACGCAGAAGGAACUCUGUAAUUUUAACAAAUUUAAAAUUUUAUGAAAACAAAAAAUUGCCAUCUCAAGCAAACAAAUCUUAUUGAAGAAAAGCUGAAACGGACCAACGCCAUUUAAGUGAUAAUUUAACUAUAUAGCAGAAUCAAGUGCUGUGAUUUCAAACUACAAAAACGGUUAAUUUAACAAAAAAAUUAAAAAAAAAAUUAACUAAAACGGCAUUGGAAAGCAACCAUAAACGCUAAGUUUCCGAUGCAGCAACAGCAGCAAGCAAUUCAACAACUUAAUACAAAACGGAAAUUCAGCAAAUUGUGAUAUAGCAACAAAGGCAGAUCGAAGUUAAAGCAGAGCAAGAACUUUUUCAAAAAUCAUUAAGAAUAUUUUUGAAAAAAUCCAAGAACUGAACCUAAGCGUUCUAAGUGAUAUAUAUAUAUACAUAUAACCAGUGUGAUUUCGACUGAAACUUACCUCCAGUCGAAAUAAUCGGGAGAAGAAGUGUGAAGCCAGCAAGCAGCGCUACCACCGAAAGCAAUUUUGUAUAAAAAAAAUAAUAAUAAUUCUGCAAAUACAUUUUUAUUUACAAAUAAUUUAAAUGAAAAUGGAAGUACUUGCGGUGCAACAACAAUAUCAAUCUAAGUAUAAUAUAUACGGGUCCAGUAAAGUAAGAGAUUGGACCAGCACAUUAUCGCCGCUCUUACCGCUCUCGUCAUGCGCCUGCAUCGACGCAGAGCCCGAGGUGGCUGUCAAUCCACAGCCCACGGCCAGCAUACCCAUACCAUAUCUGCAGAAUCAACAGAAUUAUCAUAUUAGCAACAACAACAAUAACAAUUAUAACAACAACAAUACCACAGUUAACAAUAAAAAUGCGAAAAACAGUAUUAUGCAUCAUAAUAUUAAGAAAACCAAACGCACAGCAAGCACUGAAGAGCUGCUGGCGGUGCCUGAGGUGAUGAUUGCCCCACCGUCGUUGAAGGAAGUGAAGAAGAUGUCAGCGAGCCGUGUGGCCUCGGCACCUACCCCCUUCACCAACAGCCCAUCUACGACUCCAGCCACCUUCAACGGCACCACCACAACCACUAAAACUGCAAUCGUGGGCGGUAGCUACCUCACCAUCCAGCACACACCCUCCCAGCAUCCCUCAGCUAAUCUCUUCAACUGUGAUGAUAUCGAUGCAGCAGCCGUUGAUGAUCUCUCACUGCGCCUGUUGGACGAGUUGCGUGCGGCCAAGCAGCGCAAUCUCACCUGCACCGAAGUCUCCCUACCCUGUGAUCUCACGCAGCGCAUUGCCGCCGAAAUAAUACGAGUUUCGGAAAAGGAACCCUGCGGCAUACGCGGCUGCACCAUCUACAUCGAAUUCGAAGACGAACCGAAUAAUUCACGACGCAUCGCCGAACUCAAAUUGGAUCCCGAAAUGGUAUCCACUUUCGAGAUCUAUCUCACACUGCGUCAAGAUCAUCGCGGCUGGACCUCAUUGCUGCCACAAUUCAUGAAGAGUCUGGCACGCACAAUCACCAUCAGCCCAACAUUCACAAUCACCAAACACAAACUCUACUCACCGGAUCGCACCAGUUACAGUUAUAAUGGCAGUGCAUCCGCAGCGAUCUCAACGCAAACAUCGUGAAUUGCAAACGUUGACCAGGGAGACGAUGACGUCGGCCGCUGCGUUAAGCGUUCGUUGCGACAGCUCAGUUUAAUGAGUUGGUGGCACGAGCGGCGGCAAUGGCGAUGGCGGCGACAACGAGACGAGCGAAAUAGUGAGAUGUCUGAAUUGCGUGAAUGUGGAGGCUGAUGCUGAAGCUGUUGACGGUUGAUAUGGAAGCUGAAGGCGUCUGCGUUGUCAGUGCAGUUAACGACGAUCGUUUAGCUGUCGUCGUGUGGAGCACGACGAUCUUUAAGGAAGUGGUUCUUGAGGGAGAUGAGUUUACGAGCCGACCAUAACGAACGAUUUGCUUUAAAUAUAUGAUAUGAUAACUGCUGCUCGACGAUAAGACGACCUCGAAAAGAUGAAGAUGAAGAUCGAACGUUCGAAAUCGUGUAAGAUGUUGAAGACGUGUUAUUAAGUUAAGCAUGUUUUUUUAACUAUCCAUUAUUGCGUAAUGCAAGAAGAGAAGUGUAUUCGAAGCAACCCCACCUACAUACAUACAAACAUACAGACAGAGAUACAUACAGACACAAACACAGUAAACAUAAUUUACUUACAGUAUAAGCGAGGUCUAGUAGGGCCUGCUGCCACGACAUUUUCCACUUUCACUUUUCACUUUUACUUUUUCGUUUCAUAAAACACACCACACAUACAAACGCAAAUAUACAUACAUAGGUACUACAUACUACAUAGGUAUGUAGGUUUAUCUCAUUUAAUGACGUAUGAAACAAAGUAUCUUUCAAUUUGAAACAAAAAUGAACUCGUUAGUUUUUAGUAAAGCGAAUACGCGCCCACGAAUGAUCUGCAUACAUAUUUAAAAGAAAAAAAAUACAAAAAAUAAAUUUUAAUAAUAAUGUGUACUAAAAGUUUUAAAAAUUUUAUUUUUACGUUUAUUUUUUAAAUUUUUGUAACAAAUUUCUGUGAAUGCAGUGAAUGAACGUUUAGUAGUAGCGUUUAAGUCAAUUGUCUUGAUGAUUGAUUGAUUGAUUGAUAGAUUUUUGAAAUU